AUGAGCGCCCCACAGGCCAACGAGGCCGAGAAGAACAUUGAAAUUUGGAAAGUGAAGAAACUCAUCAAACGCCUGGAACAAGCACGCGGCAACGGAACCUCUAUGAUAUCGCUCAUUAUCCCGCCGAAGGACCAGGUCUCACGAGCAGCGAGGAUGUUGGCUGAAGAAUUCGGCACUGCAUCCAACAUCAAAUCCCGAGUCAACCGAUUGUCGGUCCUGUCAGCCAUCACAUCCACUCAGCAGCGUCUCAAGCUCUACAACAAAGUACCUCCCAACGGUCUUGUCGUCUACUGCGGUGAAAUCAUAACCUCGGAAGGGAAAGAACGAAAAAUCAACAUCGACUUUGAGCCCUUCAAACCGAUCAAUACCUCCCUAUAUCUGUGUGACAACAAGUUCCACACCGAAGCGCUAAGCGAGCUACUUGAAUCCGACCAGAAAUUCGGCUUCAUCAUCAUGGACGGAAACGGCGCUCUUUUCGGUACGCUCAGCGGUAACACCAGAGACGUGAUCCACAAAUUCUCCGUCGACCUUCCCAAGAAGCACGGCCGAGGUGGUCAAUCCGCCCUUCGGUUCGCCCGUUUGAGAGAAGAGAAACGCCACAACUACGUGCGGAAGGUGGCCGAACUUGCUGUGCAAAACUUCAUUACCCAGGACAAAGUGAACGUCGCCGGCCUGAUCCUCGCAGGAUCUGCUGACUUCAAAAACGAUUUAAACCAAUCCGACAUGUUCGACAACCGCCUGCAAUCCAAGGUGAUCAAAGUAGUCGACGUCUCCUACGGCGGCGAGAAUGGCUUCAAUCAAGCCAUUGAGCUCGCGGCUGAAACCCUCAGCAAUGUCAAAUUUAUACAGGAGAAGAAGCUCAUCGGGAAAUACUUCGACGAGAUUAGCCUUGACAGUGGGAAGGUAUGUUACGGCGUGGAAGACACGCUCAAAGCUAUGGAGGCUAGUGCCUGCGAGACCCUGAUCGUUUUUGAGAAUUUGGAGAUCACCCGCUGGGUAUUGAAGUCCUCAACCGGCUCCGAAGUCAUUCUUCACACCAACAAAGGUCAAGAAGCCAACCGCGAGAUGUUUAUGGACAAAGAGACGGGGCAGGAAAUGGAACUCGUCGACCAAGGCUCUUUCCUCGAAUGGCUCGCCGAGAGCUACAAAGACUUCGGCGCGACCCUCGAAUUCGUCUCGGAUCGUUCGAGCGAGGGCAACCAGUUCGUCAAAGGCUUUGGUGGCAUUGGUGCCAUGUUGAGAUAUAAGCUCAACUUUGAGCAAUUGGCUGAGGUCGAUUCCGAGGAUGAAUUCUACGAUGAUUGA